AUGAUUGACUAUUACGGUCUCUUGGAUUCGGAUUGGAUAAGUGUUCGAAACAACAGUUUCUUGCAAAGAUUGUCUUUGUUUCAGUCCCAGCUUCAAGGACCUGAUCCUCAACCCAAAAUCGACCAUAUUGUUUUCCACCCGUUGUCCGGACUUUGCAUGAUACAAUCUUUCUUAGAUCCAACCAAGGUCUCUCUCGGUCGAUGUAAUGAAUCUCAACCUUGGAACUACACUAGUACUGACAAUACCUUGAAACUUCAAAACAAGUCUCUAUGCUUAGCGAACACUGAACCAAAUGCACCGGUUAAGCUCAGUGAGACGAGUUGCUCGAGCCCUAGUUUGUCGAAGUGGCAAACCAUCUCAGCCUCUACUAUGCUCUUAGCUGUGAUGUCAACUAAUAACUCGCUUUGUCUUGACGUCGAUGGAGCCAAUAACAUCGUGGCGACCAACUGCAAGUGUGUGAACGGCGAAGACGGCUCGUGUGAUCCGAUGAGCCAGUGGUUUAAGAUCGUUAAAGUCACUAAAUAUAAAUGA